CGUCUGGCUGCACUCUGUCCGAUCCGCCACCGCCCGUCCUCCCAGCCCGUCCUCCUGCACCCCUGCUCUGCCUCAAAAUGGGAAGCGCCCUCGCCAAACUCUUUCCCAAGCUCUUCAUCGGCAAGGAGCUCCGGAUUCUGAUGCUCGGACUGGAUGCCUCCGGCAAAACCACGAUCCUGUACAAACUCAAGCUCGGCCAGUCCGUCACCACCAUCCCCACCGUCGGAUUCAAUGUCGAGUCGGUCACCUACAAGAAUGUCAAGUUCAACGUCUGGGACGUUGGAGGCCAAGACAAGAUUCGACCCCUCUGGCGCCACUACUACAACGGCACCCAGGGUCUGAUCUUUGUCGUCGAUUCUGCCGAUCGCGACCGCAUCGACGAGGCCCGUGUCGAGCUCUUCCGGAUCAUCACCGACCCUGAGAUGGAAGGUGUCACCCUGCUGGUGCUUGCCAACAAGCAAGAUCUCCCAGGAGCCAUGAACCCAGAGGAGCUCACCGAGAAGCUCAAGCUGCGAACCCUCGACUCGAAUGUCGUGUGGUACGUCCACCCCACCUGUGCGGUCACUGGCAACGGUCUGUACGAUGGGCUGCUCUGGCUGAGCGAAAACACUCACGUCGAGACGGAGUGAGCUGCCGCCCUCGUCCUCGAAAGAAAGAAAAAAAUAGAGCUGCAAUCUAGAUCAACUUUCUUGGCCUUUUCUCCCCGCUUCCUCCCUUGUCGUUCCGCCUUUGCGCCGCAAGAUGCUCUGAAGCUCGGGUCCGUGCUGCGGUCGAUCCACUCUCCUCUUCACUCAUUCUCUCACUCCCACUCUCUCACUCCCACUCUCUCACUCUCACUCUCACUCU